AUGGCUUCCUCCGCCACAAGCAGUAGAACGAGAAGGCCCCCAACUCACACUGCCUCGGUCUCGGCCUCGGUCUCUCCAGAUAAACGUAUAUGUGCAUCACCAACAGACAGCGCCAUUCCUCGGUCAAAAGAACUGUUGGAUGUACAGUCGAUCCUUCAUCUACCAGAAGACGCCGUAUGGGGUCUUCGAAAGCAAGACCUCCGCGCUUAUUUCCUUAAGCUCCAGGAGUACGCCAUUAAUCCAUACCCAAUCAGCGAUGCACCGCUAGUUUAUCCUUCUUCACCACCUGGUGAUCCUUCUCUCCAUGUACCUCCACUCUCGCCUCUAUUGCGACUACCUCUCGAGAUCAGGCAAUUGAUUUACUCUUACCUCCUCCCUCCUCCCUGCAGUCCUCCUAUUCGAGGCCCCCAUCCACGACAGCUCCAGACACACAUCCUUCUUACCCAACCGAUCCCAACCUGCCUUCUCACUCUCAAUCGCCAGAUCCGCGCAGAGACUAUUCCUCUCCUCUAUGGUACAUCCACGCAAACCGUCCAUAUAACAGUAGACUACAAUCUAUGGGCUCACAAGACCCAGCGAGGAGAGCUAGUCUUCUCUUCGGCGAUCACAUCUGCUAUCAAACAUGUCCAUCUAUCCAUCCAUUUGGGCUCUGAGAAGAGAAACAACAAACCUGGGAAUGUAGAGGCUACUGCUCGGAUACUGGAGGUGAAGAAGGGCAUUAAGAAAGCGAGGAAGUGGUUAUCUGGGGCUGAUGUUCAUACAAUGAAGAUCAGUUGGCAAGAGCCGCCUCAGACAUAUACAUGGGAACAGAAACGUGAUAUUUUGGAUGGAGUGAGGCCACUUCGGCCACAAAUUGUGGACGUUGGAGAAAUUAACUGGGGUCUGAGUUGGAAUAAAGGCAAGAAGUAUAGGUUCGAGGUUGCAUAUCUGAAGGAACUCGAGCGCGCACAGCAAGCUCAGAACGAGAUAUAG